UCAGAGGAGAUCUUCACAGGAGUUGUGAGAGAAGUCAAGGAGGAAACUGGGAUUGAUACAGAAUUUAUAGAAGUCAUAGCAUUCAGGCACGUUCACAAUGUGGCUUUUGAAAAAUCAGAUUUAUUCUUCAUUUGCAUGCUAAGACCACUUUCAACUCAGAUAAAAGUUGAUGAUCUUGAAAUUCAAGCAGCUAAGUGGAUGCCCUUAGUUGAGUUUGUGGAGCAACCCCUUAUACAAGAAGACUGCAUGUUCAAGAAAGUAAUCGACAUAUGCAUUGCCCGGCUAGGGAAGCGUUAUUGUGGCUUAUUUUCUCAUCAAUUGGUCUCAAAAUUUGAUGGCAAGCCUUCUACCUUGUACUACAAUGUUAUGGAGACACACAAUUCCAACUGUAUAGGCGAAUAAAGCUCUUUGCGAUUUCUCAAAAACCGAACAAAACGAUCUCUUGGCGAUCUUUAGCCUUCAUGCCAGAUGGAUUCCUUUUGCUCUUCCCUGUGUUCUUUGGUUGAGACCAAGUGCUGAUACAUUCUUCUUCAACACCAGCAGUAUUAUUCGUACCUUCUUAACAAAUACUUAACAUGUAAUUACAGUUAUUUCUCUGUUGUAUAUAGUCUUCUCCACCUUUUUAUGGCACAGAUGCGCUAUUUUUCUUUUGUACAUGUCUCUUCUCGUAUGUGUUUCUAAAUAGGAUCUUGUUGAACUUCCUUUAGAAUCACAAACUUGUGCUAUUUGACGUG